GCACGACAACCACUGGUGAUGCUGCCGCGCUGUGCCAUUACCAUAGCGACCGGAGGCUCAUGACGCGGACAGUAAGACUGCCAAGGCAACGACCGCAAGCUUGACGGGAGCACAGCACGUGGAGGCGGGCAUUAUGGACGCGCUGGUGGCGCAGCUUGGUGAUGAAGUCCAAGACGUUGACGCAGAGACAUUCGAUAUCUUCUCUCAACCAUUUUCGAUGGAAGACCUCGGUAUGCUGGAUCCAAAGGCGACCGUUCUCGAUAUCACGAUAGCCGGACGUGACUUUGAGAUCACACAAUCGCCUGGCUUGCUACAGUCAAGCCGAGAUGGAGGCACAACUGGCGCUGCCCUAUGGCAGUCCACUUUACGGUGUGCUGAAUGGCUCGCAUCUCCUACAAAUUUCCUCUACACUUCUGGCAUCCUCGAUUCAGGAUCCUUGGUCCUGGAACUCGGAGCUGGGAUCUCAGGAAUCCUACCUUGUAUCCUAGCUUCCCACGUAAAGAAGGUUGUCGCUACUGAUCAACCCUACACUUUGAAGGCAUUGCGGAGUAAUAUUGACAUGAACGCUCGCUCGAAUAGGACAACCAACAAAAUGAAGGAUUAUAAUAUCGAAGUUUGCCCGCUGGAUUGGGAAAAGGAUGAUGUGGCCGGCUUCUUGCGCGCACACGACUUCCAAGGUGGAUUUGAUGCCAUUCUGGCUUGCGACUGCAUCUACAACUAUGCUCUCAUCGAACCUUUCGUACAGACAUGCGCCGAUCUCUGCAGAUCUCGAAGCCGCGACGAGCACCACACAGCCAACAGACCGACCAUCUGCGUGGUCGUCCAGCAGUUGCGACAGGCCGAAGUUUUCGAGCAGUGGAUGUCCGCCUUUCAUAAGCUGUUCCGAUCUUGGAGAAUUCCUGGCGACCUUCUACCACGAGACCUGCAGGAAGACAGUGGAUUUGCGGUCCACGUUGGCAUUCUACGAAGUCGAUGA